AUGGAAGAACGGCCAUUCCAGAAACAACUGCCAAGCACCCAAGCAGCUUUAGAAGGAACGGUUUCAAUUCCUCUACGAUUUGCUCCCCUUGGGUCUGGAAGAUACCCUUGUAAAAUUUUGUUGUUAUCAAGACAUGAUGUACGUGUGUACGUAAUUGAAGGUAUAGUAAAUGAAGAAGAACCAGAGGCUGAAUUGUUGUUUAAAACACCAGCAUUUGAACCACUUACUCAGCAUAUCCCCAUAAAAAAUGAAUCAAAGAAACUUUGGAAAUUUCAAGUUAAAAUAGAAGGAGAGUGGUUUCAUGGACCUCCAAUUUUACAUGUUGCCCCUGGUGAAACUAUACAAUAUCCUUUGACAUUCAAACCAAUUUUGGAAUGUGAAAUUAUGGGUAAACUUACUUUACAAAAUGAAGUAGAUGGCAUGGCACACAUCAUUGAAAUAGAUGGGAUUGGGACAAAACCCACAGCCUUGGACCACAUUGUUAUAGACUGCAAAGUGGGAAAUGUGACAGAUAAAUCCAUAAUAGUGCCUAAUUAUACAAAAAGUCUCCUGACAUUUAAGAUGCUGCUCAGGACCUAA